GUUGGCAAAGUUUGGCUGUUGGGACUGAGAGCGGUCGGUGAGAUCAGCACAAGUAAAUCGAGUAUAAAUACAGAUCGGUCGUUUUCCAGCGCUCGCCGCCGUGUAAGCGUGCAGUGGGGCGUCCGGCUGUCGUGAUCUGACCGCAGUCAUGUCCGAGGACCCGAGCUCUCAACCUUGGUCCAUCGACAAGGAUGACUAUGAGCUACAGGAGGUGAUCGGGAGUGGAGCCACAGCUGUGGUCCAGGCAGCGUAUUGCAAACCCAGGAAGGAGAAGGUGGCCAUUAAACGCAUCAAUCUUGAGAAAUGCCAGACCAGCAUGGAUGAGCUCCUGAAAGAGAUCCAGGCAAUGAGCCAGUGCCAUCACCCAAAUAUUGUGUCUUAUUACACGUCCUUUGUGGUCAAGGAUGAGCUUUGGCUGGUCAUGAAGUUGCUCAGUGGCGGCUCAGUGCUUGAUUUUAUUAAGUACAUCAUUUCCAAAGGAGAGCAUAAAUCGGGCGUGAUGGACGAGCCCAGCAUUGCCACCAUACUAAGAGAGGUGCUCGAAGGUCUCGAAUAUCUGCACAAAAAUGGCCAGAUUCACAGGGAUGUGAAGGCUGGAAAUAUUCUUUUAGGAGAGGACGGCUCUGUUCAGAUUGCAGACUUUGGUGUUAGUGCCUUUUUAGCGACUGGUGGAGACAUGACUCGAAACAAAGUGAGGAAGACAUUUGUAGGAACUCCAUGCUGGAUGGCUCCUGAGGUCAUGGAGCAGGUUAGGGGUUAUGAUUUCAAAGCUGAUUUAUGGAGCUUUGGGAUUACGGCGAUUGAGCUGGCAACCGGAGCUGCUCCAUAUCACAAAUAUCCUCCGAUGAAGGUUCUCAUGUUAACCCUGCAGAAUGACCCUCCGUGUUUAGAGACUGGAGUUACAGACAAAGAGAUGGUUAAAAAGUAUGGUAAAUCUUUCCGGAAGAUGAUCUCUUUGUGCCUCCAGAAGGAUCCAGAAAAACGGCCUACAGCUGCUGAACUCUUGAAACACAAGUUCUUCACAAAAGCCAAGAACACUGAUUACUUGAAAGAAAAACUGCUGGAGAGGGCACCUACAAUAGGAGAGAGAUCAAGGAAGGUGCGGAGGGUCCCGGGCUCCAGCGGUCGGCUCCACAAGACUGAGGACGGAGAGUGGGAAUGGAGUGAUGAUGAGCUGGAUGUGGAGAGUGAGGAAGGAAAGGCAGCAGUGGCUGCUUUACGGUCACCAAGAGUAAAGGAGGAGGCGGUGCCGAAUGCGGAGGUUUUUCCAGCUGAAUCGUCUGGUUUCCUGCAGCCAGCAGCUGUAGGUCAGCCUGAAGUGCCACACGCUGCAGAUGACACGGCCACGAUAUCAGCCUCUCAGGCUGUUGCUGGACCAACUACGACGGGGCAGGACUCAGCUAAAAUCCCUAUUAGCCUGGUCCUUAGAUUGAGGAAUACAAAGAAAGAGCUGAACGAUAUCAGAUUUGAGUUCAUGCCAGGGAGAGACACAGCAGAUGGAGUGUCUCAGGAGCUUGUGUCUGCUGGACUGGUGGAUGGGAGAGAUCUAGUCAUUGUUGCAGCCAACUUACAGAAAAUUGUUGAUGAUCCACAAACUCACAAAAAUGUCACUUUCAAGCUGGCAUCAGGAGUGGACAGCUCUGAAAUUCCAGACGAUGUUAAACUCAUGGGAUUUGCUCAGCUGAGUAUAAGUUAAAACCUAGUAUUACCAGCAAACGUAAA